AUUCAAAUGACGUUAUGGGUUUUAUUGAAUUUUUCAUUUGUCAACAGAAUAAUAAUAAUUUUCCAAAAUAAAAGUCCGUAUUCCAAAAAUUGCCCGUGGAUCGUUCUCUGCAUUUAAUGGGUCAUAAGCGUCCCAACAUACAUUUCACGUCUCCGCAAGUCUUCGCUUGCUUCUAACGGCGCCACGUUCUUUUACACGUGGCGAGCUCCCAUUGGAUUGCGCGGAUAAUAUUCACCGCUUCUCGUCGCUAUAAAUACGUUUCCCGUUUCUGCCCCCAAAACCGAACUUCUUCUAGAACACAACACCGUAGCUCACUCAGACGAUCCAGAUAUGGAAGCUGCCGAUGCCGAGUUGCUCCCGGGUCUCCCGCCGGAGCUCGCUCUCGAGUGCCUGACUCGGUUGCCCCACACCGCCCACCGAGUCGCCUCCCGGGUGUGCCGCCGGUGGCGCGAACUCUUCCGGAGCCAAGAUUUUUACAGCCACCGGAAAAAAUGGGGGUAUACCCACAAAGUCGCGUGCUUGGUCCAGUCUCUUCCGGCCAUAUCCGGCGGCGGGGCCGGCGCCAGAAAGAAAAGCAGGUCCCCGGCGUACGGGAUCUCCGUGUUCUACCCGGCGAGUGGGUCCUGGGUCCGACUAGGACCGGUUCUGGAGUACCCAAAUGGGCUUCCCCUGUUUUGCCAGGUAUGCGGAUCGGAAGGGAAGCUGGUGGUCAUGGGCGGGUGGGAUCCGGCGAGUUACGAGCCGGUGACAGACGUCUUCGUGUACGAUUUCACGACGGGUCAGUGGAGGCGAGGCCGGGACAUGCCGUCGAAGCGGUCGUUCUUCGCGGCGGGCGCGGGGGGCGACGGGGUGGUUUACGUCGCCGGCGGACACGACGAGAGCAAGAACGCGCUGAGUUCGGCGUGGGCGUACGAUUUAGGGCGGGACGAGUGGCGCGAGUUGACUCGGAUGAGUCGGGAGCGGGACGAGUGCGAGGGGGUGGUGGCGGGGGACGAGUUCUGGGUCGUGAGCGGAUACGGGUCGGACAUGCAGGGCGGGUUCGAGGGGUGCGCGGAGGCGUACGAGGUCGGAACGGGGAGAUGGCGGCGCGUGGAGGGCGCGUGGAAGGCUGGGCGGUGCCCGAGGGGGUGCGUUGGCGUGGGGAAAGGAGGGGAGCUGGUGGAAUGGGGCGGGUUGGAGGCGUUGGUCCGAGUGGGGACGUGUGGAGUGAGGAUGGGUAAUCGGGUACUGUUGACAGGGUCAGAGUACGAAGGUGGGCCACAGGGGUUCUUUUUGGCGGAAAUGGGCGAAGGAGAAAAUGGUAAAUUGGACAGAGUGGAUGUGCCCAGUGAGUUCUCCGGGUUUGCUCAGUCAGGCUGCUGCGUUGAGAUCUGAAAAUUCAAAAUUGAAGAGAGAGUGUGUAAGAGAGGCAUUUUGAUAUGUAAUAUACUUUUUUCCUACACGAUAUGAAAAAUACGUGCUGCCUUUUUUUUUUGUUUUUUUUAAUUUGGAGGCGUUUUGAUAUGUAAUAUAUAUUUUCUUGAUAUAAAAUUAUACCUGCUGUGUUUCUUUUU